CUGCACACAGGUGGGACGUGACGGCGGGGUAGACGGAUUCAGGGGCACCUUCUAAUUUCUAGAAUCCACAAAUUCUUAUGACUUUUACGCCCAUCGUAACCUUCUCUGAAACACCCAAUUUUAUUUAUGUCUAUAUAUACGGUCCAAAUUGUUUAUCCUCACCACUAAACCAAGUCUUGUUUCGUUGAUCUAAUCUAUUGGGAGUUUGGGAAUACUAUUGAAUUUACAGGCAAAUUGUUAUUGCUGAUCAAUUCUAAGCUUUGUAGAACAGAUUCAUGGAGUACGGUGCUUCAAUUAAGGGUUUACAGGCACCUCGUCUUAUGAGCAAGUGUGCUUCUUCUGGAAUUUCACUGGUCAGAAUUGGAGCCAGGCGAAAGCAAUCGACAAGUAUUAGGGCAUUUCAGUCUCAAAGUGCUUCCUUUUCUUCAUCAUCAUCAUUGUAUGAUGUUCUCUGUAUCUCUCCUGACGUGAGUGCGCGUGAUGUAAAGAAUGCAUACCGUCGGAUGGCUCUUAAAUACCAUCCAGAUGUCUGCCCUGCUGCAGAGAAAGAAGAAUGUAGCAGAUUAUUUCUUAAAGUUCAGGAGGCUUACGAGACUCUGUCAGAUCCUCUGCUCCGCCAGGAUUACGAUUGGAGACUGCAGAACAUGUUCACAGUAGGCGAGUACCAAGGCAGAUUAGAGAGUAGUCAUGUGUGGGAAGCUCAGCUGAUGGAAUUAAUUAGAAGGAAAUCGGGAAAUAACUCUUCGUCAUGGGGUAGCGGAAUGAGAAGACGAAACCAACAGGGAACUUAUGCUUGCUGAUGAUUACGGUGGAUUAUUUGAGAGUUUAUUGUAAAUUGGAUUGCAAAAUAGGGUAUUUGAGCACCUUCUAGUUGUGUAAAUAUUACUACUUUCCUGUUAAUUUCAUACGUUAUGUGAUAUUCAACUAGCAAUUUGGGGAUAAAGAAUGACACUUAGACACCAUAUGAGGACUUUUAAACAGAACUAUCGUAAAAUGAAUAUUAUCAAUUUUUUCUCCAAAUUUGUGGAUGUCAAAUUCACCAAUUUCGUGGAUGUCAAAAUUCACCAAUUUUUUUUCUUGAUAGGUAGAACAAAGGAUCGCAAUUCAACAUCAAAUUCUACAAUAAAACGUAGUAGACAGAUUUUGUCCAUAUUUUCACUUUUCUCAUGUCAAAAUGUCUUCGAAUUGAAACAAGAUCAUGUUCAAAGCCUCAAUUUCUAAAUUUAAAACUGAAUCUCAGCUCAGAGCAAUUGAAAUGGUGUUGCCUAUAAGCCAUGGCAUAGUCGGAUGCCUUCAUUGUACCCUCAUAGAGUUGUUUCCCUUCUGCAGGGAUUCUUAAAGCACGUAGUCCUUCCACGAGGCAAACUACUCCACACCCACCUUAUCCUCACAUGCCAGAAUUGUUAUAGUGUAUGCCCAGUGCGCCAAUAUUAAGGAUACACAAAAAGUGUUUGACAAAAUGUUUAACCUAAACGCAGCUUCAUGGACUUCUAUAAUAUUGAGAUAUGCGCACAUUGGAUGUUUGGGUCACGCUCUGCAGCUCUUUCAUCAGAUGCCGGAACAAAAUGCUGUUUCGUUGACUUCACUGCUUUCAUUAUAUUUCCAGAAUGGGUUAUGCAAAGAAUCUUUUUAAAAUAAAUAUAGUUAACAGUUGUGAAGCCAAAUUUGAUCACUUUGGUCAGUUUUCUCUCUGCAUAUGUUAGCUUGGAAGCACUGGAACGUAGCAAGGAAAUUUAUGGAUGAAUAAUUAGAGGCGGAUAUCAAUUCGACGUCUUUGUGGAAAAUAGGUUUACAAAAACAUGAUAGCAUUGAGGAAGCAUGCAAAAUGUCUGACAAAAUGGUUACCCCAGAUGUUAGGAUUUGGUUUAGCUCUCAGAUAAGAACAGCAGAUGGUGUCAUAACAUAGUCAAGACUAAGUUGCAGAGCAGCGGGGGCUUUUACUCCUGAUGUAAAAACAUGUUUAAGAAGUCCUACUAUACAAAAUCUAUGGGAGGUGCAAGUUUUAGGGCGUGGAGUAAUCAGGUACUUCAACACACGCAUGGCGGUAUCGAAAUACAGAGCAGGGAGCUACCCCAAUUCACAAGGCUAUUAAACAAAUGAAGAGGACUGCUUUUAUUUUAAAUAAACGAGUCUCCAUCGUCACUCUCCUUGAAUCAAGGUCUUUUUGG